GUCCACUAAAUUUUGAGGUCAAGCAGAAUGAUGGGAGUUUGCCAACUUUAGUCUUGAAUCCAAACUCAUGGUCAAAGGUGGCGAGCAUAAUUUAUGUAGAUUUGCCUGUUGGUACUGGAUUCUCCUAUGGAACUACCUCACUUGCUUCUAAAUCUACUGAUUUGCAAUCAUGUGACCACGCUUAUGAAUUUCUCAGGAAGUGGUUGAUUGAUCAUUUAGAGUUCCUCUCAAACCCUAUUUAUGUGGGUGGAGACUCGUACAGUGGCCUUACAGUUCCAAUAAUCGUUCAACUAAUAUCAAAUGGAAAUGAAGUUGGCAUUAAACCGCUUAUCAAUCUCAAGGGAUACUUACUUGGCAACCCAUUAACAAAUCUUGAUGAUGACAAUUAUAGAAUACCAUUUGCUCAUGGAAUGGGACUUAUUUCAGAUGAACUCUACGAGUCAUUGCAGAGAAGUUGUCAAGGAGAGUAUUCCAAUAUACAUCCUAGCAAUGCACGGUGUUUGCAAGAUUAUCAAGCUUACUCUCAGUGUAUUGAUGGACUUCCCAAGGAUCAAAUUUUGGAACCAUAUUGUGGAUUUGAUUCUCCAAAACCACAAGAAUUGUUUAGUGAACGGAGAUUUGUCAAUGAGAAAUACAUAAAGCUUCUCGUUCAUCAACUAUCGCCCUGUGAUUUUAGUCGUAUUAAUGCAUACAAACUUUCCCAUUUGUGGCUUAACAAUGAUAGAGUCCGAGAAGCGCUUCAUAUCCGAAAGGGAAGCACACAGGAAUGGAUAAGAUGUAACUAUGGAUUGCCUUACACUAAAUCAAUCUUGGACAGCUUCCAAUAUCAUGUGAACCUCAGCACCAAAGGUUACCGGUCUCUUAUAUACAGUGGUGAUCACGACAUGGGCGUUCCAUUCUUGGGAACUCAAGCAUGGAUUAGAGAGCUCAACUAUUCCAUUGUUGAUGAGUGGCGUUCUUGGUGGGUCCAAGGCCAAGUUGCCGGUUAUACAAGGACUUACUCCAAUCGGAUGACGUUUGCUACCGUUAAGGGAGGAGGGCACAUACCUAUAGAGUAUAAGCCUGUUGAAUGUUAUGCUAUGUUCAAAAGGUUGAUUUCUAAUCAACCUCUUUGAUCAAUCUUGAUCUUAUCCAAAAGGGUGUGCAAAACCCAAAGCAUGAUCACUCUCAAGCUGCGAAAACUUCAAUAUGAGACAUGUUUUAUCUAUUGAUACAACUAUUUUUAUAUAAACACCACUUAUUUAAGGACGCAAUGGUUGUUAUUUUUCUAUCACAAAAGUGAUCAUGUAGUGUCUCGGGUCUCAAACCCGGCUUGUUUAUAUUAAAUGAUACCUCGUUAUCUUGUAUUAGUUUCGGACUUUUGAAAUUAAUGGGUUUAUGUUUGACCUUUUAGUUAUUAUAAUUGGGGUCUCAGUUUU